CCACGAGGGAACUCCACACCCGCACCCCACAAAUCUGCCCCUCAGGGGCACCCUGCGCCAGCCCCGGGGUGGGGGUGGGGGUUGGCGUGGGGCGUGAGGACUACAUCUCCCAGGAUGCAUCGCACUAGCGCGCUUGCGCUGUGCGGCCGGCGGCGGCGGUCUGUUCUCCGCUGAGGAGGAGUGGGGCAGAGGAGGGAGGCAGCGGGUGAGAGUUCAGAGUUCAGCAGCAGCAGCCCGAGCCCAUGAUUCCCAUAUGCCCUGUAGUUUCUUUCACCUAUGUGCCCAGCCGGCUGGGGGAAGAUGCCAAAAUGGCGACCGGCAACUACUUUGGAUUCACCCACAGCGGGGCGGCGGCGGCGGCGGCUGCGGCCCAGUAUAGCCAGCAGCCAGCUUCGGGUGUAGCCUAUUCCCAUCCAACUACUGUUGCUAGCUACACUGUCCAUCAGGCUCCAGUAGCUGCUCACACAGUUACUGCUGCUUACGCACCAGCAGCCGCCACAGUUGCAGUUGCCAGGCCUGCUCCAGUUGCUGUUGCAGCUGCUGCAACAGCUGCUGCUUAUGGAGGCUACCCCACUGCACACACAGCAACCGACUAUGGUUACACCCAGAGGCAACAAGAAGCACCACCACCACCACCCCCAGCUACUACACAGAACUACCAGGACUCAUACUCGUAUGUAAGAUCCACAGCCCCUGCUGUGGCUUAUGAUAGUAAGCAGUACUACCAACAGCCCACAGCAACUGCUGCUGCAGUGGCUGCUGCUGCCCAGCCUCAGCCUUCGGUUGCUGAAACCUACUAUCAGACAGCUCCUAAAGCAGGUUAUAGUCAAGGUGCAACACAGUAUACUCAAGCCCAGCAAGCUCGACAAGUGACAGCCAUAAAACCAGCCACCCCAAGUCCAGCUACCACUACUUUCUCCAUUUAUCCUGUGUCCUCCACUGUACAGCCAGUGGCAGCUGCGGCUACUGUGGUACCGUCCUAUACUCAGAGUGCUACUUACAGUACCACAGCAGUUACUUACUCCGGUACAUCUUAUUCAGGUUAUGAAGCAGCCGUAUAUUCAGCUGCGUCUUCCUACUACCAACAGCAGCAGCAGCAACAGAAGCAAGCAGCAGCAGCAGCUGCUGCUGCAGCAGCAACAGCUGCCUGGACAGGGACCACCUUUACUAAAAAAACACCAUUCCAAAAUAAACAACUGAAACCAAAACAGCCUCCCAAACCACCCCAGAUUCAUUAUUGUGAUGUUUGUAAGAUCAGCUGUGCUGGACCACAGACUUAUAAAGAGCACUUAGAAGGACAGAAACAUAAAAAAAAGGAAGCCGCAUUGAAAGCCUCUCAAAAUACCAGCAGCAGCAACAACUCAACUCGUGGGACACAAAAUCAGCUACGUUGCGAGCUCUGUGAUGUGUCUUGUACAGGAGCAGAUGCAUAUGCUGCCCACAUUCGUGGUGCUAAGCAUCAGAAAGUGGUUAAAUUACACACAAAACUUGGUAAACCUAUUCCUUCAACGGAACCAAAUGUUGUUAGCCAAGCUACUUCUUCAACAGCUGUAUCUGCUUCAAAACCAACUGCCUCUCCUUCAAGUAUUGGAGCAAGCAAUUGUACUCUGAACACGUCAUCAAUUGCAACUACUUCAGUGAAAGGUCUUUCAACUACAGGAAACUCGUCUCUUAAUAGUACAUCCAACACUAAAGUGUCAGCGGUACCUACCAAUAUGGCUGCCAAGAAAACAUCUACACCCAAAAUAAACUUUGUUGGUGGAAAUAAGCUACAGUCAACAGGAAAUAAAGCUGAAGACUUAAAAGGAACUGACUGCAUUAAAAAUAAUCCUGCUGCCUCUGCUGUACAGAUUCCAGAAGUAAAGCAAGAUGCAGUGUCAGAACCAGUCACACCUGCAUCCCUUGCUGCUUUGCAGAGUGAUGUGCAACCAGUGGGACAUGAUUAUGUUGAAGAGGUACGAAAUGAUGAAGGAAAAGUCAUUCGCUUCCAUUGUAAAUUAUGUGAAUGCAGCUUUAAUGACCCCAAUGCUAAAGAGAUGCACCUAAAAGGACGAAGACAUAGACUUCAGUAUAAAAAAAAAGUAAAUCCAGAUUUGCAAGUGGAAGUGAAGCCCAGUAUUCGUGCAAGAAAGAUUCAAGAAGAGAAAAUGAGAAAGCAAAUGCAGAAGGAAGAGUACUGGCGGAGACGAGAAGAAGAGGAGCGCUGGAGGAUGGAAAUAAGACGUUAUGAAGAAGACAUGUACUGGAGAAGAAUGGAGGAAGAACAGCAUCAUUGGGAUGAUCGCCGACGAAUGCCUGAUGGAGGCUAUCCUCAUGGGCCUCCAGGUCCAUUAGGUCUUUUGGGAGUCCGACCAGGCAUGCCUCCCCAGCCACAGGGCCCUGCACCCUUACGUCGCCCUGACUCAUCUGAUGAUCGUUAUGUAAUGACAAAGCAUGCAACUAUUUAUCCAACGGAAGAAGAGUUACAAGCAGUUCAGAAAAUUGUUUCUAUCACUGAACGUGCUUUAAAGCUUGUUUCAGACAGUUUGUCUGAACAUGAGAAGAGCAAGAAUAAAGAGGGAGAUGAUAAGAAAGAGGGAGGUAAAGACAGAGCUCUGAAAGGGGUGUUGCGAGUAGGAGUAUUGGCAAAAGGAUUGCUUCUCCGAGGAGACAGAAAUGUCAACCUUGUUUUGCUGUGUUCAGAAAAACCUUCCAAGUCAUUAUUAAGCCGUAUUGCAGAAAACCUACCCAAACAGCUUGCUGUUAUAAGUCCUGAGAAGUAUGACAUAAAAUGUGCGGUGUCUGAGGCAGCGAUCAUUUUGAACUCGUGUGUGGAACCCAAAAUGCAAGUCACUAUCACCCUGACAUCUCCAAUUAUUCGAGAAGAGAACAUGAGGGAAGGAGAUGUAACCUCGGGUAUGGUGAAAGACCCACCGGACGUCUUGGACAGGCAAAAAUGCCUUGACGCUCUGGCUGCUCUACGCCACGCUAAGUGGUUCCAGGCUAGAGCUAAUGGCCUACAGUCCUGUGUGAUUAUCAUACGUAUUCUCCGAGACCUUUGUCAGCGAGUUCCAACAUGGUCUGAUUUUCCUAGCUGGGCUAUGGAGUUACUGGUAGAGAAAGCAAUUAGCAGUGCUUCUAGUCCUCAAAGCCCUGGAGAUGCCCUGAGAAGAGUAUUUGAGUGCAUUUCUUCAGGGAUUAUUCUCAAAGGCAGCCCUGGACUUCUGGAUCCUUGUGAAAAGGAUCCCUUUGAUACUUUGGCAACAAUGACUGACCAACAGCGUGAAGACAUUACAUCCAGUGCACAGUUUGCAUUGAGACUCCUUGCAUUCCGUCAGAUACACAAAGUUCUGGGAAUGGAUCCAUUACCACAAAUGAAUCAACGCUUUAAUAUCCACAACAACAGGAAACGAAGAAGGGAUAGUGAUGGAGUGGAUGGAUUUGAAGCUGAGGGGAAAAAAGACAAAAAGGAUUAUGAUAACUUUUAAAAAGUUUGUGUAAAUCUUCAGUGUUACAAUAGGUGCCAGUUAUUGGCUGUUUUCCAUUCAUAAUAAUGUCUACUUUAAAAGUUUAUCAAGAAUAUAAAGAGUUUCAUGGAAGAACCAAGUUUUUCUAUGAUAUUAAAAACUUAUUGUACAGUGUCAGGUAUUAUAUGGAUGGAAAGACGUUGGAAAAUAAAUUUGACUAGGGGAAGUAUAGUGGUUCCCCUCCCUUUUUUCCCCCAUUAUUUUAUUGACUGGUUGCCCUUGCCCCCUGUAUUUUUGUGUCUUUUAUUAACUAGUGCAUUGUGUUAUUAAAUCUUUACUGUAUUUAAUGCAGGAUUUGUGCUUCAGUUGCUCCGUGUAUUUUGAUACUUUUAUUUAGAAGUUUUGUUUGCUUUGACACCAGUUGUAAGUUACUGUGUUCCAGGUGAUAUCCUUUACCCCUUACUACUUUACAGCAGUGCGUCUUUUUGUAACGUGAAACUGCAGACUUUCUUCCUUUGUUACUCUGUAUGUGAAGGAUUUCAAUACAAAAAGCUACCCUGCCAUCUAAGUGCUCAGAACUAGGUGUUUCUGCAGAUCUUGUGGCAUUUGUCUAUCUAGUGUGAUAUAUAAAGGUGUAAUUAAGACAAAUUCGUUAAUCUAAUCAAGUUUGCUGUUAGUUGUGCAUUAGCAGUAUAAAAGCUAAUAUAUAUUAUAUGGUCUUGCAACAGUUUUAAAGCCUCUGCAUAAUUGAUAAUAAAAUGCAUGACAUUUUUGUUUUUAAUAGACAUUUAAAAUAAUUUUAGGUUUAACACGUAGAUCUUUGUACAGUUGACUUUUUGACAUAGCAAGGCCAAAAAUAACUUUCUGAAUACUUUUUCUUCUGUACAAGUGGAAAGGGAAUUUCUCACAUAUAAGUGGGCUAUUGUUUUCAGAAGAACUUCAUCAUUGUGCAACUAACAAUAACUAGCCCUAAUUAUGUGACAGUUCCUUAUUGAUAUGUGUGCAAUUACUCUAGCAGCUUCUACAGUAUAACACAGUUGAAUGAUCCCCAUACAUCCUAUCACUCAGAUCAUUUAUAGGUCUAUUAACUGUGAGAUUGAUAAAGUAUUACUGAUUUAAGAAAAAUAAGAGUAUCUAAGGAAAAAAAAAAAAACAGAAAAUUAUUUGGUGUGGCCAUCCUCCAUGCUUACGUCUUAUACAGAGUGCUAACCCCUAGCAGUGGUGUAAUGAGUUACAGCCUACUGCGAUGUAUGUGUGCUCUGGUGCACAGAUGUCGUUUUGUUGUCACAGCACUACAGUGAGAUACAGAAAUAAAGACUUAAAUUCAUAGAAUGACUUACUUGUAUUAUGUGGUAGGCUUGAUGGUGAUAACUUUUGCUUGAUACUCCUUACGCUUCAGUCAAACUGUAUUCAUAUAUACUGUGUAUGUAUGUGUUACUCCUGACAAGUGUGUGUUGGUGGAUCACAUAAUUCUAAAAGUUUUUUAGGUUUCAUCACCAUAUUGGUUCAUUUUUCUAGGGUGGAGCCCUUACCCAAACCAAAGUAUACAAGACUGGCAUUUUUGC